AUGGGCACCUUUGUGGCUGGGGAGCUGCGUGGCCCAAAAGGAGCCAGGGGUGCUGGCGGUUUUGAGCAACUGAAGAUGAGGCAGCAAGAAGACAGAGAGGAGGACAAUGAGCCAGAUGACCACCGCAAGCGUCCAGUCAUGGUCACACCAAAGCCUGCUCAUCUUUCCAAGAGAAUGACAGAAGCAAGAGCCGUCUCUCCCCUGGCUCCCGCUGCUCCUGGAGAAGCGGCCAAAGUGGAGCAAAUUGAGGUGGAUGAGCGCCAGCCUCCAUCAGUGCUCACACCAGGGCCUGGAUAUUCUGAAGCUAUGACAGAACCAAGAGCCGUCUCUCCCCUGGCUCCCGCUGCUCCUGGAGAAGAAGCCAAAGUGGAGCAAAUGGAGGUGGAUGAGCGCCAGCCUCCAUCAGUGCUCACACCAGGGCCUGGAUAUUCUGAAGCUAAGAUCAAGGCAGAGCCACAAGCAGAGCUGCCCGAAGCUCAGAGUCCCAUCAUGGCAGUGAAGAGGAGGAACAAGGAUGACAUGAGAAGAACUCAAGAGGACAAUCUUGAUCAGCAGAGGGGCGAUCAACACAACCAGACCUACACAGGCUCUGUCACCAAACCUGCUGCAGCAGCAGCAGCAUUGUCAAUGGGAUCCUUUUCUCCCCAACCUGAGAAGUGGAGCCAGGGCAGUUUGUUCACCUCCCGUGCUGACCCAGCUGCUGCUCAGCAACAGGAGAUCGAGGGUGACUCCCUGGAGCUGCUGAGAAGAAUGGUGAACCAGGAACAUCCCAUGAUGAAAUACACCGAAUUGGGACAUAUUGGCAGCGGGAGUUUUGGAGAUGUUUGCAGAGCACUUACCAAUGCCACAGGGAGAGAGGUGGCCAUAAAGAAAAUAGAUCUUCAAGGACUGAGGAAGAAGGAACUAAAAGUCAAUGAACUCAUGGUCAUGAAAAUGAAUAGCAAUCUCAACCUUGUCAAGUAUUUAGACAGCUACCUUGUGGGUGAGGAACUCUGGCUGGUGCUGGAGUACAUGGAUGGAGGCGCCCUGAGCGAUAUCAUCAGCAGGACCUCCCUGUGUGAAGAUGAGGCAGCAGCCAUCAGUCGGGAGUGCCUGCAAGGACUGGAUUUUCUGCACUCGAACCACGUCAUUCACCAAGAUGUGAAGAGCAGAAACAUCCUUCUCAAAACCGACGGUUCUGUCAAGCUGGCUGACUUUGGCCUCUUUGCUCAGCUCACCCCUGAGCAGAGCAGACGGAGCUCCGUGGCCAGCGCUGCUGGGUGGCUGGCGCCUGAAGUGGUGACAGGCCAACCAUAUGGCCCCAAAGUGGACAUAUGGUCUUUGGGAAUCGUGGGCAUCGAAAUGGUGGAACGAGAAGUUCCUUACUGGAAUGCAACUCCUGUCUUGACUAAAAUCAUGAUAGCCAGGGGAGAGACACCACGGCUGCAGCAGCCCAACCGAUUCUCGCCUUGCCUGCGUGACUUCCUGAGCUGCUGCCUGCAGAGAGACGAGGAGCAGCGCUGGUCUGCCAGGGAGCUCCUGCAGGCAGAGCCAAAUCCAAAGCCCCCCCACCCGCUGUAA